CGGACUGCCACAUGUUGCUCGACGUUCGACUGCUUCCGCCUGUUGUAGCAGCAGUAGCAGCAGCAGCAGUAACUGUAACUUCGCGUGGUUUUGCCGGACAUUUAGCCUCCGAACAAACCAACAGAAGCUGCUGUCUUUCACCCACCUUUCUGUGAACCGGUCAACAAUGGCCAACGACUCAGUGAAACUCUCCAAAAACCUGCUGCGCAUGAAGUUCAUGCAGAGAGGCCUGGAUGCUGAGACGAAGAAGCAGCUGGAAGAAGACGAGAAGAGAAUAAUAAGUGAUGAGCACUGGUAUCUGGACCUGCCAGAGCUCAAAGCUAAAGAGAACCUGAUCAUAGAGGAGAGGAGUUUUGUGCCCUGUGAAGACCUGAAGUACGGUCGCAUGUCCUUCAAGGGUUUUAAUCCAGACGUGGAGAAACUGAUGGCUCUGAUGAAUCCAAAAGAGGAAGAGGAGAAACGAGAGGAGGCGGCGAUCGGCAGGAUGCAGACGGACAUCACGGAUGAAGAAAUGGCUCUGAGGUACGAGAGUUUGGUAGGAAGCAUGAAGAAGAAGUUUGUGAAGAAGCGCGAGAGAUCAGCAAUGGAAGAGGACAUCAACCAAAAUGCUGUAGAAACGAACACAAAGAGAGGUUUCCUGAAACCUCAGGACUGAACUCCUCAUGUGAUGGACUCUAGAAAUGUGUAUUUUUAUGUAAAUGACUCAGAAUAAUCCUUUUUUUAUUUUCUUUUUUUAACGACUAUAUACAGAGAUCGUCAGUGCUUGUGAGAGAGCAGCAUGUAAAGUAUUUUAGGGCUGAAUGGAUGUUAUACAUCCUGUUUUAAAGAAAAACAAAAAGAUUAAUCUUUGAGAUUCUGUGAGCGUCAUGAACAUACAGUGUGUCUGCAGUCUGUGCAGCAGGGAAAGACCUUCAUUAAAUGCAUAGCUCAGUGUA